GUCAGAGGAGAGCAGGCGAGGGCGGCAGGGCUAGCGGGGGCGAGUGGUCGGGGCGCAGAAGGCUUUGCUGCUGGUCACACACUGCUGCUGCUAGUGAUGACGGUUUCCAGUUUUUAGUGCGGAGACUUUGGGGACACAGUCUAGGGAAUAGAGGGUGCCUCUGCAGGGUCACCCAACUGGGGUGGGCUCCGGGGCUGGUUGGUGCCAUAAUGGAGGAUCAGCCUGAGCACAGUCCCGGAGCCCCCAGUGAAGCGGACACCGGGGUCUCCCCGCCACCUCUGCACCCAGGAGCGCCCCCACACCGGACCACCAACUUUUUCAUAGACAAUAUUUUGCGUCCAGAUUUCGGCUCCAGGAAAGAGACCCCGGGGCGAGAGAACGUAAACCCCUUACACACCCGGCAGGGUAACCCCACUGCCAGCCCGGACUCUGAUUCCACCUCGGAGAGCUCCAGGGGGAGCGACCCCAACCCUGCACUACUGCUGGUGGGAAACACGGCGCCCGCUUCACACAAGAGUGACCCGAUGGUGUGGCCCGCCUGGGUGUACUGCACCCGCUACUCCGACCGCCCGUCCUCAGGUCCCCGCACUCGGAAGCUGAAGAAGAAGAAGAGUGAGAAGGAGGAUAAGCGGCCGCGCACGGCGUUCACCGCGGAGCAGCUGCAGCGGCUGAAGGCCGAGUUCCAGGCCAAUCGCUACAUCACGGAGCAGCGGCGCCAGACCUUGGCCCAAGAGCUCAACCUCAACGAAUCCCAGAUCAAGAUUUGGUUCCAGAACAAACGGGCCAAGAUCAAGAAAGCGUCCGGCUUAAAGAACGGCCUGGCGCUGCACCUGAUGGCGCAGGGUCUGUACAACCACUCCACCACCACCGUGCAGGACAAGGAGGACAGUGACUAGGGAGACCAUGGGCGCGGGGAGGGAAAGGACCCGGUACUGGACGCCCCGCACCUCCCUCCGUCAGUCCCUGCACCCUGGGGCGCAGAACUGUCCUUUCAAGCCAAAGAUUUUAUUAUGAUGAGAUUGUACCGGAGUCUGUGCGCUCACCGGAGGCUGUAAUUUAUUUUCUAAUAAAGCUAA